AUGUCUAUAAGAUAUGAACAAGAAAUAAAUGGUAGUGCACCUUAUAAUACCCGUAGCAUAAAGACUAAUGCUUCGGGUCGCGUAAUUAAAAACAAGCAAGUAAAGCAUGUUAAAUCUGAAGCGGAUCCAUACCCAAAUCCAUCUGCUUCAAAAUCUACAUCAACUCGUGCAUGUCCAAAGUGCAAAGAGUCUUCAAAUUGUAUAAACAUGCUUAAUAAGGAAUUUCGCAAGAUCGAAGAUUUGGCAGAUUCACUUGAAAAAACAUAUAAAGGAAUUGAGGCCAGGAAUAAAUGGUUCAAGACUGUAGAAAAUUAUUCAGUUAUGAGUCUCGAAGAUAUCCAGAGACAAGUUGAAAUACGU